AAUGCAGCCCGAGUUGAUCUCGGUAACUGGUCUCCGUUAGAGCGCGGCGGGGCUGCGCAGACUGACUGAAAUCCGGAAAGCUCGGUGUUUGUUGUGUAAUGUGCGCAUAGUUUUGUGUGGAAAGCGGUGAAAAGAGUCGGAGCUCAGCUCGGAUAAAGACCGCAGCAGCAGCUCUUCAGUCGGGUGCUCACACCAUGUAUGUGGAGUUGGCCGGGGCGGUGAUCUUGGGGGUGGUGAUCGCUGUGGUGCUUCUGAGGAAGAAGCAGGAAUCGUUGAAAACGCAGGAUGGGUGGUGGGGUGUGGGAACGCCAUUAGAAAGUCCGGAAGAUGACAGCAUUCGGCCCUUCAGAGUGGAGACCACUCAAGAAGAACUAGAGGAUCUGCAUCGCAGGAUUGAUCAGACGCGCUCGUUCCCCUCUCUGGAAGACAGCCAGUUUCAUUACGGCUUCAACUCCAGCUACCUGCGGAAGGUUGUUUCAUAUUGGAGGAACGACUUUGACUGGAGGAAACAGGUGGACAAGCUGAACAGAUACCCGCACUUCAAAACCAAAAUCGAAGGCAUUGAUGUCCACUACGUCCAUGCGAAGCCCAAGAACCUGCCAGAAGGAGCGCGCAGUGUUCCUCUGAUGAUGGUGCACGGCUGGCCCGGUUCCUUUUACGAGUUCUACGGCAUUCUGCCCCUCCUCACCGAGCCAGCUAGCCCUGAGGACGUCGCCUUUGAAGUCAUCUGUCCAUCCAUACCUGGCUAUGGCUUCUCACAGGCACCACAUAAGAAAGGCUUCGACUCGGUUUGUGCGGCCCGAGUGUUCCAUAAGCUGAUGAAGCGGCUUGGUUUCAGCCAGUUCUACGUUCAGGGAGGAGACUGGGGCUGGCUUAUCACCACUAACAUGGCUCAGCUGGAGCCCAAAACUGUAAAGGGUCUACAUGUCAACUUUGCACCUCCUGCCAAACCGAGCCUGCCGAUGAUGAUGUCCGUGCUCCUGGGUCGGCACUUCCCCAAACUCUUUGACUUCAGUGAGCACGACAUUAAGCGCAUCUUCCCCUGCAUGCAGAAACUGGUGGUGGACGCUGUGAAGGAGACAGGAUACAUGCACAUACAAGCCACCAAACCGGACACCGCAGGACGUGCACUGAAUGACUCCCCUGUUGGUCUGGCUGCCUACAUUCUGGAGAAGUUUUCCACCUGGACUGAUCAUGAAUUCACAAACCUUGAGGAUGGAGGGCUGGAAAGAAAGUUCUCUCUGGAUGACCUGCUCACAAACGUGAUGAUCUACUGGACCAGCCGUUCCAUCAUUUCGUCCAUGCGUUUCUACAAGGAGAACUUUGGCAAAGGACUUGAUCAGCCACAUUCAAAGAUCCCGGUUAUUGUUCCAACUGGAGUGGCUGUUUUCCCCAAUGAGCUGAUGCACACUCCUAAGCUGUGGGUCAAGCAGAAGUACCACAAGCUUGUGACCUACACCCUCAUGGCCAGAGGCGGCCACUUUGCCGCCAUGGAAGAACCAGAGUUACUGGCCCAAGAUAUCCAGACGUUUGUGAAGAUUGUGGAGAAAAGAAAGUGAAGAAGAUGGUGUUUAUCACUCUGCUGGCUCAUUGCAUCAGUCUUUAUUACUGCUAAUCCAGGCACUAACCUUGCUCCCAGUAACCCCGAAGGACAGUAUGGCUGCUUGUGCAACAUGCAAAACAAAAGAGGACUAUGGCGUUAAAGGGAAAUUCCACUGAUUUUUCAAAAUUGCUGUGUAAUUCAACAAUUGAGAUGUGAACAGAGUAAUUCAGAGUGGUUUGGUGUGAAAUGGAUCAUUGUAGAGAAACUUACUGGCUGAUUUCUCCACAGUGGUGGUGGGAACCAGGGGUCGCAGUGUCUAUGCAGUGUGCAGUGAAGCUAAACGUUGCUUUUGAUUUUUAUAUUUAAAGUUGGAAAGCUGUUUUCUUUGGGUUCUGUUUCGCCUCUGUCUCAGGCAUCAGACAUCUUUGCAAUCAUUAAAUGUAGAAGCUAAUCUUUAAGGAGCAUGAAAUACUACAGGCAUCUGGUUCCUAUCACCACCACUGUGAACACUUCACACCAAACCACUCUGAACGACUGUUUACAUAUUAACCCUUGUGUGGUGUUCAGGUCUGUGGGACCCAUUUUCAGUGUUUACCAAAAGAAA